CAGUUACCUGGUCUACCCACUAACCUACUGCAGCAGUUAUCCAGCAUUCCCCAAACCCUGGCCAAUCUUCCCAGCCAGAUAUACAACUUACCUCAGCGAGUGGGACAGUCCUACGCCAACGUGCAGAACCGCCUGAACAGCCUUAAGCCCCAGUAUGCCUAAGCAGCAGCAGCAAAACCAGGACCUGGAGUUGGACCGCCUGGUCCGCCAGGUCCCUCUCCAACACCACCCUCCGACUCGCAGCCCCUCACCGUCCUCCCCCAACAGGACCCUAGAGCUGCCCAACGUGCCCUCCUACCCCCGCCUGCCACCCAUUAGCCUGUCCAGGCAGCUGUCAGGGCUUUUCAACCCCACCUUCCACAUUGAGGAUGACCCCACGUCCGCUCUACCCUCAGUGAGCUCCAGGCUCAGUGUGCACCCAGCUGUCAGUGUGGAGGAUGUGGAUUCCGGCGGAGAGGGAGGGGGUGGCGGAGGGGAGCACCACCGCCACCACAUUCCCCAAAUCCUUACCCUACAGGACCCCAACUUCAAGACCCUGACCGUACCCGGAGUGUCCAAAACCAGCCGUCAGUGUAAAGUUGCUGAAAAAGAUGAGAAGAAACCCAAGAAUAUCUGGACCAAUAUAAAGAAGUUGUACUCUCAGAGUGAGGAGGAUGAAGAGGAGAUCGAGAUUGCAGUGAGGGCAUGGCCUAGCCAGUCCAGCAUCCUCAGUGGAGACGAUGGGCUAAAGGAGCGCCCUGCGUCUUCCGCUAGCCAGGCCAGCUACGUGGUGAACGAGCGCCUACAGGAGCUGGUCAAGAUGUUUAAGGAGAGGACAGAAAGGGCCAAAGAGAAACUCAUAGACCCAGAUCACUCUGAUGAUGACAGUCCAACUGCCUCCCCUGCGAGAGCUCCAACACCACCUCCUGCUCCUCCAGAGGAGCCGAAGGAGGAGGAGGAGAUAAAGGAGCAGCAACCCAAGCCUACAUUAUGCUGCAAGGUGAUGCCUCCUCGCUGGAUCAGAGCUCUGCUGCACUACCGCUUCCCCGCUAGCAUCGACCCCUUCACCAAUCUGGUCUAUGUGCUGUGGCUGUUUUUCGUCACCUUGGCGUGGAACUGGAACAUGUGGCUUAUCCCGGUGCGCUGGGCCUUCCCCUACCAGACCCCCAGUAACAUCUACCUGUGGCUACUCACUGACUAUCUGUGUGACUUCAUCUACAUCCUGGACAUCCUGGUCUUCCAGCCCCGCCUGCAGUUUGUCCGCAGUGGAGACAUAGUGUUUGACAAAAAGGACAUGAGAGUGAAUUACAUGAAAACCUUCCGGUUCAAGAUGGAUGUCAUCAGUCUUGUUCCACUGGAGUUGUUCUAUUUUAAAACUGGGAUCAACCCACUCCUCCGCUUCCCACGACUACUAAAGAUAAUGUCUUUCUUUGAGUUCAACGACCGUCUUGAGGGCAUCCUUACCAAAGCCUACGUUUACAGAGUGAUCCGGACCACCACCUACCUGCUGUACUGCCUGCACUGUAAUGCCUGUCUGUACUACUGGGGCUCUGCGUAUGAAGGUCUGGGCUCCACGCAGUGGGUCUAUGACGGACAGGGCAACAGUUACAUCCGCUGCUACUACUUUGCUGUGAAGACCCUAAUCACCAUUGGUGGACUGCCGGACCCCACAACACUCUUUGAAAUCAUCUUUCAGCUCAUAAACUACUUUGUUGGAGUGUUUGCCUUUUCCAUCAUGAUUGGACAGAUGAGAGAUGUGGUUGGUGCAGCCACAGCAGGACAGACGUACUACAGAGCAUGCAUGGACAACACUGUCAAAUACAUGGCCUCCUACCGUAUCCCUAAAGACGUGCAGAACCGGGUUAAAACCUGGUACAACUACACCUGGCAGUCCCAGGGCAUGCUGGAUGAACAGGAGCUUCUGGUUCAGCUCCCAGACAAGAUGAGGCUGGACAUCGCUGUGGAUGUCAACUAUGACAUUGUCAGUAAAGUGUCUCUCUUCCAGGGUUGCGAUAGACAGAUGAUCUUUGACAUGCUGAAGAGACUGAGGUCUGUUGUGUACCUCCCAGGGGACUAUGUCUGCAAAAAGGGUGAAGUUGGGCGGGAAAUGUACAUCAUCAAAGCCGGCGAGGUGCAGGUGGUGGGCGGGCCAGACGGGAAGACUGUGUUUGUCACACUGAGGGCGGGGUCAGUGUUUGGGGAAAUCAGCUUGCUGGCAGUUGGUGGAGGGAACAGGAGAACAGCAAACGUGGUGGCUCAUGGCUUCGCCAACCUGUUCAUCCUGGACAAGAAGGACCUCAAUGAGAUUCUAGUGCAUUACCCCGAGUCCCAGAAGCUACUCCGCAAGAAGGCCAGGAAGAUGCUCAUGAAAGAUAAGAAGCCUCCGAAGGAGCCGGCCCAGGUGAUCCCUCCUCGAACGGUCACGCCCAAGCUAUUCAAAGCUGCUCUGGAUGUGGCGCAUCAGAAAACAGGCCUCAAAGGGACCCUCGCCAAGAUUAAGGAGAAGAUCAACAAAUCCAGCGUUUCUCUACAGCCCUCCAUGUCCUCCCUGCCUCCCUUGUCCCCAGUCUCUCCAGUCUCCAGUCUGGACCCAGAGCGCAAGGCUGACGCCACGUCACCAACCUUAGACAGCUCCACGCUGCUCUGCCCCGUCUCCCAUUGUCACGGAGAUGAGACACUCUCCAAGGAGCAGGGCCAAGUGGAGGGAGAAGUUGCAGGAGAGAGUGGGAAGAAGAAAGAAAAGAGAAAGGCAUGAGUUGUCUCCAAAAGCUUUAAAAGCUGUCUUCAUGUGGAGAAAGGGAUGCACUUUUUUGUCCCUCUGUACUUUACUGCAGAGAGGGAGACCAGAGAGAGAAGAGCCAUGGUUCCUAAAGAUCAUCCAAUUAUGUCUCAGGAGUCACAGACUCAGUUUCUGUUCCUUUAUACCCAUAGACUCUUCUUUUAGCUAACCCUUUGAUACUCAGUACACUGAGAUUACCAAAUUUGGAACACCUAUCUAAUAUUGAGUUCAACCGCUCCCUUUCACCCUCAGAACAGACUCAAUUUCUCAUGGCAUGGACUCUACAAGGUGUCGAAAGCAUUCCACAGGGAUACUGGCCACUGUUGACUCCAAUGCUUCCCACAGUUGUGUCAAGUUGGCUGGAUGUCUUUUGGGUGGUGGACGAUUCUUGAUACACACGGCAAACUGUUGUGUGAAACCCAGUGUUGCAGUUCUUGACACAAACCGGUGCGCCCAGCACCUACUACCAUAUCCCGUUCAAAGGCACUUAAAUAUGUUGUCUUGCCGAUUCACAAUCUGAAAGGCACACAUACACAAUCCAUUUC